UGUUAUUGGCGGAUUAAUAAAAGAAGGUGCAUCUUUCAGUCAAUUAAAUUUUGAUCCMAAUAGCAAUGGUAUGACUAUAUCUAAAAGUUUAMAUUUAUUUGGAGAGUUGAGAGAUAUGCCAUUGGGCCCUAGUAAUAUAUACAUGAAAAAUGAUGAAGUGGCUAGUGCAAUUUGUUUAAGACAAUUUGUUCUCCCUAACACAUCAAUGACAUAUGAAUUUGGAUUAUUUAUAGAUAUGCCUAAAAUUAAGUUUCCUAAAUCAAAUAUAGAAUAUUUCAGGUACUAUACUAAGUUUUUUGACAAUAAUGGAACAGCUGGUCCUAAAAUAAUGCAUUAUUCAAUGCAAAACUAUAAAAAAUGGGAACAAGAAAUUGAAAAAUGGCAAAAUCCUAUUUUAAAUAAUUCAUUACUACCCGACUGGUAUAAAAGUGCUAUUUUCAAUGAARUUUAUUUUGUAGCUGACGGAGGUACUAUUUGGUUGUUACCUCUUAAGGAAGAUUUUGAACGGUUAGAUGUUACAGACCCAAGAUAUCAAUAUGGGUAUUUUGGGUAUUUGGAAGGUCAUGAGUAUCGAAUGUACAAUACAUAUGAUGUACAUUUUUAUGCAUCUUUUACAUUAGCAAAACUGUGGCCUAAACUACAGGCAUGUAUACAAUAUAAGUUUAGAGAUUCAAUUGAUAAUGCAUUGAAUAUUACAAGAAAACACUUAUCCUGUGGUACCAGUGGCUUACGGAARUACAAAUAUUGUGUACCUCAUGAUCUAGGCGAUCCAGAGGAAGACCCUUUUAACUUAGUGAAUGCUUAUUUAGUACACAAUGUAUCAGAAUGGCGUGACCUUAAUUUAAAAUUUGUUUUGCAAUGCUACAGAGAUUACAUUAUGUUUGGUGAUAUCAAGUAUUUGGCUGAUAUGUAUCCACAAAUAAAAAAUGUGAUGGAGAAAUCAUUGUCUUGGGAUACUAAUGGUGAUGGAAUGAUUGAGAAUUCUGGAACAGCCGAUCAAACUUUUGACACAUGGAUAAUGACUGGAAUUAGUGCUUAUUGUGGAGGUUUAUGGUUAGCUGCUCUUUAUUGCACUGUUCAGAUUUCAAAUAUUCUUAAACAAGAAGAUAUCAGUGAAAAAUAUUCUACUAUAAUAAAUAAAGCCAAGGAGUCAUUUAAUGCUGCUUUAUGGAAUGGUGAAUAUUAUGAUUUUGAUUCGUCUGGUCAAUAUCAUUCAAAAUCAAUUAUGGCCGAUCAAYUGUGUGGAGAAUGGUAUUUGAAAUGUUGUGGUGUGAAUGAAGAGGUGCUACCAGUUAAUAAAGUCAAAAAAGCUCUUCAGACAAUUUACAAGAUGAAUGUGCUUGGAUUCAAUGGUGGAAAAAUGGGAGCUGUGAAUGGCAUGAUGCCUGAUGGAAAUCUAGACACGUAUUCUGUGCAAAGUGAAGAAGUUUGGACUGGAGUUACAUAUGCUUUGUCUUCUUUGAUGAUCUCAUACGGUUUGCGUGAAGAAGGUUUUAACACAGCCAAAGGUAUUUAUAAUACUGUUUAUAAUAAUAUAGGCAUGGCGUACCAGACACCAGAAGCUAUUUAUUCUAAAAAUGCAUACCGCUCUGUUGGUUAUAUGAGACCACUGAGUAUAUGGUCUAUUCAAGUUGCACUGGAUAAUUCAAAAAAAGACUAAGUAUUAAGAUAGUACUACAUUUAUGUUCAWUUUUUUUGAAAGAGAUAAAAGCAAAAAWAUAUUUUUAAAUAUACAGCGAGUGUAUUAUGUAUGCAAU